AAAACUACAAACGCAAUCAAAAUAUUUUUAUAUUUGUCAAUAGUGAAUAAUUUCUUUCUUCAAGUAAUAAAAUAAGUGUAUUUUUAAAUAUAUUCAAAAAAUGUGGAAAAAGUUCAUUCAGUUCAAGUGUUUGAAAAUUAAUAAUUAUACGAAUUUUCCAUUAAAUUAUAAUAUAAUAUGAAUAUAUCGUCGAUAUAUUUUAUUCAAUGGGAAAUUGACAAAUUUAGAAAAAUAUUUAGACAAAAUGCAUGGGAUUAGGAGAGUGAUAAUUUUUUGCAUUCUAACAACUGUUUUACCAACUUUGCUGCUAAUUCUUCCAUUAUAUUUACGACAUGUUGUCUACGCUGAUGUUACUUACGCCGUAACGGAAUCGGACAUUUUAGAAAUAAAGGAUGGAGUUUCAUCGAUAUUUUGCUCGGCACACAAAUUGAAGAUGAACGAAACAUUCAAUUCGUUUCAAGUUUCCCGAAGACCGGAAACAACUUCUUACAGAAAGCAUAUACGUUUGAAAAAAAGUAUGACACUUCCUGAUGAUACACUGGAAUAUUGGGGCUUUUAUCUCUUAAAAGGAGCUACAGUUGCCUUAUCAGUUUGCUCGAGAUUUGAAGGAGCAUCAAUACUCGUUGUCAAGGGUGAAAGAAAUCUAAAAACCUGCGGAUUAUUAGAUCACAAUAAAAAUAAAGCACGAGCAACUGGAAUUUAUCUACCAGAAGCCGAUCAACAAGUGAAAAUAACAUUUGAAUCAAACGCACAGGAAAUACAUUCGAAAGAAAUGAAAAAUCGCAUCGAGAUUAAUGAGAAAAAUUCCACAGAGAAAAAUUUAAUUCCCGAAGAAUCACUCAAAGUAAACAUUACAAAAAAUUCCAAAAGAAUAUCAAAGAAAUUAUUGAAUUACAAUAAAAGGAAAAAUCAAACUGAAAUAAAUAAUACCGAAAAUUCGACAAUUCAAUCAAAGACAAAUGAAAAGAGAAUAAAUUUACUAAAAGCCGAAUUCCUCGAAGAAAUUCCAGACACAGCAAAGGAGGAUAAUGAUGAGAGGAAAUUUUUAAAUUCAAGACAAAAACGACAUCAAGAACCAGUUGAUCCACCAAAAUUAUUGGAUCAAGGAAUAAGACACGGUGGGAAUGCGGCGAAAAAAAUAAUCGAUGACGAUUCAUCGAUUUCGAGUUUUGAAAAUGGUUUAUUCACAUGUUACGGUGGACAAGUUCUUUUGGCGCAAGAAUUUAAUGAAUCGGAAAAUUGUCUCGAUGUUUCGUAUUUAAUUAAUGGGAAACAUAUGCAAUCGAGACACGAUGUCGUUGAACCUGGUUAUUAUUAUUACAUAUUUUACAGUGACAACGAUAAAGUAUCGAACGAUAUUCAUGCUGUUUUUGAUAUUUAUAAACCAACAUUACAAUACGAGAAUGUAACAUUAGCGUGUAUUAAUAAAACGGAAUGUGAAUUUCCACUUCCAAUAUUAACAUCGGAACGUGUUAUUGUCGAGGUUCCAACAAAAGAUGGAAUCGAUCAUGAAAUGGACGAUAUUUCACUAUUAGUUUCAACAUGUGUUCCAAGAAUGGGUGUUUAUAUUAUUUUUCCCGUUGCAGUAUUAUUUUUAAUACUCAGUUGUGCAUUUGUUUAAAAAAUAUAAAAAUGCCCCCCUUAAUGUUGCUGUGAAUUUAUAUAUAAUAAUAAUAUAUACAUA